AUGCAUAAACUUCGUGCGAGCUGCAGCAGAAGUGUGGACGAAGCAGCGAAUUUGUCAAUAAAUUCCAGCUGACGUAAAAAACACAAUAAAUUAUUGCGUAAAAUAUCCACGAUUACAGGUGAUUGUAAUGGCAGUAUUGUGGUGAAUUACCACCGAUUAUUACCCACGUUUCGGGAGGUGAUAUAUUGGCUCACGAUUUUCAGCGUGAAAAUUCAAUCACGCACGGAUAAACAUCGUCGUCAUUCGGUAAAGCUAGAGCGUGAAAGAAAAAAAUUGGGUGUUCCGGAUCGGAAUAGAAACAAUGCCAUUCCACAAGUAUCUUCUUACCCCGAAGCUCUUCAAAGAGUAUGACGGAACUAAGGAUGUCUACGCUCCCGGGUCAUUGGAAAAAUAUGGAGAUCAGUUACUAUCCGUGCUCAAUUGGAUGUGGAGUUUGGGUUACUACACAUCUCCUCUUCUGGUGACUUUCCUUUACCGGCGGGGAUACUUCGUGGCCGAUUCCGUGGGAACGCUGGCCAAAUUUACCACCGGCAUUGGGCUGCUGGUGGCUGUUUCGCUCUGUAUGCGUGGCCUGGGCCGUUCCAUGAAUGUCGUCUACGUUCGAUUUGCCGAGUGUCUGGAAAAUGCCAAACGAGUCGGCAAAUCGCCUCAAUCGGAAGAAAAGAACAUAAUUCGUCGGUACGAUUUUGAAUUUGAAGCUUGGCCCGUUGAUUUCACCGUUACCAGUGGAGUACAACGUGCCAAUACUCAACGGAAUAAGCCCUUCUGGAUCUCAUCCCUGCCCUGCCAGAUUGCAGCCUACCUCGCGAUUCACACAUUCGGCAUUCGAAUGAUUUACCCGGGAUCGGUGAAACUGCUACAGAGUUACAUCGAACCAAUGCUACUGCAAGGUCGCACAAAACUUAUCACCGAAGACAGAGGCAAACGGAACAAACUGCGCACCAUCGAUGGCAACGAGAUCGACACAGUGUUUGUGGACAAUCGAGAGCAAGGCAGCCCGAACGGACGUACUCUGGUCAUCUGUUCCGAGGGCAAUGCCGGCUUCUACGAAAUCGGUAUUAUGUCUACACCCAUUGAUUUGAAGUAUUCGGUACUCGGGUGGAAUCAUCCGGGCUUUGCUGGUAGCAGUGGUCGACCGUAUCCAGAUCAGGAUCAGAAUGCCAUCGAUGCUGUUGUGCAAUUUGCACUAACCGAUCUAGGAUUCACACCGGAAAAUAUCAUUCUCUAUGGAUGGAGUAUUGGCGGUUACUCUACUCUGUACGCCGCUUCUCAGUAUCCUGAUGUCAAGGGAGUAAUUCUGGAUGCUACCUUCGAUGAUGUUCUACAGCUGGCGCUGCCGAGGAUGCCAGAAGGCCUAUCAAACAUAGUAAAGAUUGCCAUUCGGGACUAUGUCAACUUGAACAACACUGAACUUAUCUCGCAGUACAACGGACCAGUGAUGUUGAUUCGACGCGUUGAUGAUGAGAUUAUUUGCUCGGAAGAUGGCAAUCUAGGCACAAACCGAGGAAAUUUUUUGCUGGUUAAUAUGCUCAAGUAUCGUUUCCCAAAUAUCUUCAAACCAGAACAGGAAGCACUAGCCAAAGAAUUGCUAAACAGACCGAUUGAAUUCCUACGGAGUGAUUCUGAUGACCUUUGUCUGUCGCUUUUAAUGUCAUACCUAAGUGACGGCAAUGGUACGUCUACACGGAGCUAUCCCCUUGAAAUCGGCCAGGAAUAUACUAGUGAACAGCGAAAUUCGAUGGUGAAAUUUUUGAUCGGCAAACACCUGAAGGAUUAUAAAUCAACGCACUGCACGCCGUUGCCAGGCUCCUUUUUCCAGCUACCAUGGGAAAUUCCCAGUGACACGGACUUUGUAUUCACGUAAGCUAAGCUACCUAAUAGUUACAGAUUGAUUGAACACCGGUCCGAGCAGUUUCGGGUUUCCGAAACUAUCUUUACAUCAUUCAUCUUUUGCUGAUGGUCGAUCGUUUGCCAAAAUGCGCAACUUGUAAAGCGAAGACAAACAACAAAACCAAACCCUAUUUUCUAGUAUUGUAGUGGGUAGGCGUCCGGUAACCAAUUCUGAACAGCUGCUUGGUGUGGUCCUAUCAAAUACGUUCCAUAGGUGUCGUGCUGCUAAUUUGUUUUUGAAAAAUUCUGUUUUUUCCUCAUAAAGUAACGUCUGAGGGUUUGUUCACAAGACUUUUACCACUCAAAAAUGUUCUCAGAUCACUCACCCUAUGAGUAUAAAUGUUCAGCUUAAUCAAUUAUUAAUACUGUUUUAAAAAGGUCCAACGUACUGGAUUUAUAAAGAUUUUAUAAAGUUAAAUAUUGGAAUUAAUGUUUGGUUAUGCCUCAGGUUAAAAAAAAUAUUGUUGUUUUAAUCCACUUUCGAUUCUCUCAUUCCAAUUAUAGUAAUUCGUGAACAGACCCUUCAAACUUUGGUUUUAAGGCGGUGUGUGCAUUUUUUUUAGAAGGUAGCUUGUUCUUUGACAUACUUAGUUUAUUUUCAUAUGGCUAGAUACUCAUUCGGAUGAAUUGGAAAAGUAAAACAAAAAGAAAAAUUAUUAUUAUUAAAAUGUAAAACAUGAUCCAAAGUAGAGACAGAGUACUACAUAACAUAGAACACAUUCUCAGCUAUUUAUUAGUAGAAAUCUAGAGAUACGCAAUACAAAAUGCUAGAAGCUUAAGAUUCAAUGAUUCCAUUUUAGUAGUCGUCACAUCGCUGCAAAGAAGUAUUCAGAUUUCAAACUGAUUGAAAGAAGCAAACAAACCCGUACUACCGAUGAGUUACCGCACUGUUACUGAACUAUUAAAGUGUUCCUACAGUUACACAUCAACACAGUUCAGUAAUAGAUUCUAUGUUUCAAUAUUCAUCAGCAGUCGCUUGUGGAAGGCGAAAAGUUUUUCCAUGACAGUUUAACACGGGAAGGAGUAAACAUGUAACUAUUCAGUGAAUGUUGGAUUAUACGAACGUACAUAUACCUUUAGCAAUCUCA